GCUAGCCGCCAGCACGCGGAUGUUUCUCCGGUCAGGCGUCACUUUUACAUUCAUUCGGUUACCUAGAUCCUUUCGGUCAUUCGGAGCUGUAACGUUAAACCAGCUACCGGACGUCGUCCCGCUGCUCAGCCGGCCGUUAGCCGCUGUCUCCCGGUGCGGGCCGCCCGCUCUGCCCGGUGCUCGCCGGCUAACGGCUCUCUCAGCAAACAGACGGAUGCCUAAAAAAGAGAAAGCGCAGGUCAGAGGUCGGCCGGCUGCUCCCGCAGCAGCUGAGGCAGAAGCUUCGUGUCCGGUAGCUCGAGACAAAAGUGGAGCCGUGAUGAUAACGGUGCGCGCCAAGCCGGGCUCCAAACACAGCGCCAUUGCAGAGGUUUCUGCAGAGGUGGUGGGAGUUUCCAUCGCAGCGCCUCCUACAGACGGAGAAGCCAAUGCCGAGCUCCUCCGCCUCUUCGCUGACGUCCUGCAACUCAAGAAAAGUCAUGUCUCCCUCGACAAGGGCUCCAGAUCCAGAGACAAACUCAUCAGAGUGGACUCCUCUCUUAGUCCAGACGAGGUGCUGAGGAGGCUCAGACAGGCUGCAGGCUGACAGGAGGGACAGAGGAGGUGCUGCAGGCUGAUAGGAGGGACAGAGGAGGUGCUGCAGGCUGAUAGGAGGGACAGAGGAGGUGCUGCAGGCAGACAGGAGAGAUGGAGGAGGUGCUGCAGGCAGAUAGGAGAGACAGAGGAGGUGCUGCAGGACCACAGGAGAGACAGAGGAGAUGCUGCAGCCUGACAGGAGGACAGUGGAGGUGCUGGAGGACCACAGGAGAGACGGAGGAGGUGCUGCAGGACCACAGGAGAGACGGAGGAGGUGCUGCAGGACCACAGGAGGACAGAGGAGGUGCUGCAGGACCACAGGAGGACAGAGGAGGACACAUAAAAAACUAAAAUAAAAAUAGAACCAGAAAAAAACAGAAGAUAAACCAGGCGUCUCCUUUUAUCAAAUUCUCGUCAGCCUCCGCAGCUGGACCAGUAUGACCGCUGGCAGACCUGGAGAGAAAACACAGUGUUGUCACGGAAACGGACUGACGGGCAGGAGGCGUGUGCACGGCCGGGUCAUGUGACUGAUGUGACGUGCUGGAUGUGUGUAGUUCUGCUCAGUUUAUUUUUUUUAAAUGAGCAGUUUGUUUUCAAUAAACAGACGAUGAAUCUGUGAGAUUUUAUUUUAUUAAAGACAAACUGCUCUAACUGAGCAGCAGAUGGC